AUGCACCUGGAACUUCCGAUGACGCUCAGGAAUCACAACAUAUCUAUGUCCACGCUACAGAACCUCUGCCACGUGCUGCUCAAAGCCUUCCUAGUAGCGUGGCCGCUCGCCUACCCCGGUGGCGUCGUCGCCGUCAAGUGCUGGCGCGCGGGGGACCCCUUCCGGCUGGUGGCGCGCAUACGCGUCUGGUUCAGCAGCCUUGCUGGGAAACGCGAGCGGCCGCGGUACACGACGUACAGCACCCCGGAGCAGGAGGACGUGUACUGGAGGUCGGCGGAGCGGACCAGGCGGGCGUUUGGGGCGUCGGACGCGAACGAGACGCCACUGGGGGUGCCACUGGUGCGGUAUUAUGUGCCGCGGCUUCCGCCGGCGUAUAGGGAGACGAAGGGGGUCGACGCGGAGGCGACGGAGUACCAGCUCUCGCCGAGGGCGUUUUGUAAAUGGCAUAGGAUGGUGUUCCGGGGACCGAUGCACCCCACGUUAAAAGAGGCGGCGAAGCAAUUGCAGUAUUUCAGCAGCCGUGACCGGAGAGAGAUACACAGGAUAUCCAGGUUGGUGAGCGACGAAGAAGUGUUCUGCGGUGGCGGGAGACGGUGGACGCCACAUUAUGCGACGAUGUGGAAAAGGUGGCUAGAGACGAAGGGGCCGGACAUCGCCGUCGUGUUCGAAUAG